UUUCAACACUUUCUGGCAAUUUAGUGUACUUCUUAAGAGAAAGAGCCCAAGACUGAAAACAGUAUUUCAAGUGAGGUCUAACAAGUGACCCAUAUUAGGAUAAAUGUAAAUGUGUGUUUUGGUACCAUUGAAAUGGAUCAAACUUUACCGGCUAAGGCCACAAGUGUAACUGAUUCUAAUAGAAGUAAUGAUAGGAACCAUGUAAUCAGUGUGUCCUCUCAAAUGAAAGAAAAGCUUCAUCUGCAUUCACAAGAAUACCCUGGUACUAUUCCAAAUAAAACUAAGAAUGACUCAACAAGUAAAUCCUCCUCUAUUAAUGGUUGUCUUUCAGAUAUUUACCCAUGUCCCAAAUCAGUAGAUUCAUCAACCAUUAAUGGUCUUGCAAGACAUGCCCUUGAGAAGCUAACACACUGUGAUGGUGUAUCAUUGGAAAAUUGUAGUGGCAAUAAUGUGUUCCAUUACAAAACAGUAAAACAGUGUGAAAGCCAAAUUUGCCCAAAUGAAUAUUCACAAGAUACUAUCGUGGAAGAGUGUGCACAAAAUCAUCAUAGUACUUUGAAUCAAAAUUUUGUGUGUGGGGUUCAUAGCAAACCAGUCUUUGGACUAAAUAGCCAACCUAAAGGUGACAUAGACACUGCAAUAAGUACUUGUGAUAAUGAAAAUAUAGUUAAAGAUCAAGAAGUGAAAAAGAAGACAGUGGUAAAUGUUUCACUGCAAGAGAGUUUGUUGAACAAAACCUGUGAGAUAACUUAUAUAGGAUAUGAGUCAGAAGAACAGAUGCCCGAUAUAAUCCAACUGAUACAAAAGGAUCUGUCAGAACCUUAUUCCAUAUAUACCUAUAGAUACUUUAUCCACAAUUGGCCUAAACUGUGUUUCUUGGCUAUAGAUGGGAAGAAAUGUAUUGGUGCCAUUGUUUGCAAGCUGGAUGUUCAUAAGAAAUUGAUUAGAAGAGGUUAUAUUGCCAUGUUAGCAGUGGAUGAAAACUACAGGAAGCAGAGAAUAGGAUCAAAUCUAGUACUGAAGGCAAUUCGAGCCAUGUUGGCAGAUGAAGCUGAUGAGGUUGUACUAGAAACAGAGAUAACCAACAAACCGGCUUUGCGACUGUAUGAAAAUCUAGGAUUUGUUCGUGACAAACGGCUUUUCAGAUAUUAUUUGAAUGGAGUGGAUGCACUGCGACUCAAACUGUGGCUCCGGUGAAAAAUUGCAUUAUUCUAUUUGUUAUUAAUUACUUCAUUGACAAGGAAUGUUCGUCUUGCUUGUUUGAAAGAAAUUUUAACCCUUUGUGCAAAUAAAAACUGCAACGAAUAUGGAAGAUAUUAUAACCUCGCAUAUUGUUCCCCAGUUUUGGUAUAGCUGUUUGGUCCUGGAUCGUCACGUAUCACACUUUGUACAAGGUUUUUUUUUCUCUCAUUGAGAUUUCUAGUGUACAUCUUUGUAUGGUGGGAAAAAGGUAUCCAAGAGAAAUUUACUAGCUUCGAAACACACGUAGGUGUUUCAAAAAAUAAAUGACUUUAAGAUAACCAUGGAACUUGUGAUGUUCUUGAAAUAUCUUUACUUUUUUUUUGUUUUCAUUUAAUGCUUGGGUAGGCAGCAUAGAAUAUAGUUCAUUCUAAUGGUUACUUUUUUUCAUUUUGUUUCUUCAUAAAUUAAUUCAUUGAAGAGCAUAGGCAAAUUAUCAGAUCGAUAUGUGCUUAUAUACCCAAAGGAAAUACUAACAGUAUUUGAAUCCUUUAAGAAAUUAUAAUUAUAUCACUACAUUAUUAAUAAAAAUAGAAUUUCUUUGUCAUUUAAAAUUUUAUAUAAAAUUAUGUAAAAGUAACUAUAAUGGUAGUCAACUUGUGUGAAGAAUAUUACUUAACAUCAAACCUAACUGUUCAUAAAAUUAUAAUGGUUUAAUACUUUAUAUACAUUUACGAUGUAUAAGUUAUGAGAAUUUUAAAAUUUGUGGAAUCUAGUAUUCAGGCAUAUAUUUGAAAUUCUAAAAUAA